AUGGUGAUCAACGGCACAUCGCUUGAGCUGCCCCGCAGCUUCGUACGAGUUCAGAAUUCAACCUCUUUCGCUCAGCCGGCAGCGGUUCAUCUCCUUCACUCGACGGCCAAUUGCAGUGGUCGGAGCAGACCCAGGCGCCGGUCGUGUAGAUUGAAGGGCGUUUUGGCGAAAUCCGGCGUCGUUUAUCGCGCCGUGGUUGAAGACGCCGGGGAAGAAAUGGAGGAAGAGGGUGGUUCUGCGGUUGGAGAUGAUGCAUCUGACGCUGCCUCGGGGAGUAAGCUGGUUACUGGAGUCAUUCCGAAGGUUCGGGAGCGAGACUUCACUGACACUCCUUAUGUUCCAGUUUAUGUGAUGCUACCUCUGGGUACCAUCAGCAUGGAGUGUGAGUUGAUUGAUCCGGACAAUCUGAUUAACCAGCUGAGGAUCCUUAAGUCAAUUAACGUUGAUGGUGUUAUGGUUGAUUGCUGGUGGGGCAUUGUGGAGGCACAUGCACCUCAACAUUAUAAUUGGAGUGGUUAUAAGAAGCUUUUUCAGAUUGUACGGGAUCUCAAGCUCAAGCUGCAGGUAGUAAUGUCUUUUCACGAAUGCGGUGGCAAUAUUGGUGAUGAUGUGCAUAUCCCCCUUCCACGAUGGGUUAUGGAAAUUGGCGGUCAAAAUCCUGAUAUUUUCUUCACAGAUAGAGGGGGGAAACGUAACCAUGAAUGUCUUACUUGGGGAAUUGACAAGGAACGGGUCCUGGGAGGUCGAACUGCUGUUGAGGUUUAUUUUGAUUACAUGAGAAGCUUCCGUGUCGCGUUUGAUGAGUUUUUCGAGGAUGGAGUCAUCUCUGAAAUUGAAAUUGGACUCGGUCCAUGUGGGGAGUUACGCUAUCCAUCUUAUCCUGCAAAACAUGGCUGGGAAUAUCCUGGUAUUGGGGAAUUUCAGUGCUAUGAUAAAUACUUGAUGAAGAGUUUGAAGAAGGCAGCAGAAGUGAGGGGCCACUCAUUUUGGGGUGAAGGGCCUGAUAAUGCAAGUUCAUAUAAUUCCAAACCACAUGGAACCCAGUUCUUCCGUGAUGGAGGCGAUUAUGAUAGCUAUUAUGGCCGAUUCUUCUUAAACUGGUACUCUCAGGUUUUGAUUGAUCACGGCGACCGAGUACUCGCUCUGGCAAAUCUAGCCUUCGAAGGUACUCCAAUUGCUGCAAAGUUAUCAGGGAUUCACUGGUGGUAUAAGACAGCCAGCCAUGCUGCAGAGUUAACAGCAGGUUUCUAUAAUCCGUCCAAUCGUGAUGGUUAUGCUCCAAUCGCAUCGAUACUGAAAAAGCAUGAGACUGCUCUAAACUUCACGUGCGUCGAGUUGCGAACAUUAGAUCAGCAAGAAGAUUUCCCUGAAGCAUUAGCAGAUCCUGAAGGAUUGGUUUGGCAGGUACUAAAUGCUGCAUGGGAUGUCGGCAUACCUGUUGCAAGUGAAAAUGCCCUUCCAUGCUACGAUAGAGAAGGCUAUAACAAAAUACUGGAAAAUGCAAAGCCUUUCAAUGAUCCAGAUGGACGACAUUUAUCUGCUUUUACCUAUCUCAGACUAAGCCCAUAUCUAAUGGAGGACCAAAAUUUCCACGAGUUUGAGCGAUUUGUUAAGAGAAUGCAUGGGGAAUACGUGCCGGAUUUGGAAUGUGGCCAAGAAGAGGAAACUCAAACCUUAGAUGAAUAA